AUGGCGUUGAUGGUGGUGAAAUUCGACCUGAAGAAGCGCGUGAAGCUAGCGCAGUCCGUAUGGUUCCUGUACUGGUUUGCGGUGAUGGCCGGGAUCAUGGUCUUCAGCAUGGGGCUGUUCUUCAAGAUCGAGCUCCGCAAACGCUCCGAACUCAUGGACAACAAUGAGAGCCACUUCCUGCCGAACCUCCUGAUCAUCCUGGGCCUCGCCGUGUGCGCCAUCAACGCUCUAGGUGGAAAGAUCUGCUACGACUCGCUCGACCCGUCCAAGUUCUUGGGAUGGAAACCCAUGCUGAACGCCUUCCUGAGCAUCUGCAUGGUCUUCAACGGCGUGCUAUUGUUAACGGCUGUGUUGUGCUUCCUGAUGAGGAUCCCGCUGCAGUUCACGCUGGCGGAGGGGCUGAAGAACGGGAUGAAGUUCUACAAGGACACAGACACGCCCGGCCGCUGCUACAUGAAGCGCACGCUGGAUCUCAUGCAGAUGGAGUUUAGGUGCUGCGGCGCCAACGGAUACAGAGACUGGUUCGAGAUCCAGUGGAUUAGCAACCGCUACCUGGACUUCAGCGCUAAGGAAGUGAAGGAUCGGAUAAACAGUAAUGUGGAUGGACAGUAUCUGAUGGAUGGGGUCCCCUUCAGCUGCUGUAACCCGUCCUCCCCUCGGCCUUGCAUCCUGGGGCAGAUGACCAACAACUCGGCUCACUACAGCUACGACCACUACACCGAGGAGCUGAACGUGUGGAGGCGUGGCUGCUCCCAGGCCCUCCUCUCAUACUAUGGAGGCCUCAUGAACACCAUAGGAGCCCUGCUCUUCCUGGUCACUCUGCUGGAGGUGGGAGUCACUGUGGGCCUCCAGUACGUACAGUCCUCCCUCUCCUCCCUCUCUAACCCUGAUGACCCGGAGAGCGAGAGCGAGGGCUGGCUCCUGGAGAAGAGCGUGACAGAGACGUUCACUGACAUCAUGACCAAGAUGAGGGGCAUCACCAAAGGAGCCAAAGUGGAGGAAGGAGGAGCACCUCCUGCUGACAGCUGA